AUGGGCGCAUUCCUGGCAGCCAUCCUCCUAUUUCCUCUCCUCCUCCUUACCUUCGCCAUCUUCAUCUUCGUCCUCUGCAUCCCAAUCCUCAUUGUCGGACUGUGCCUCCUCGCCUCCAUGAGGGCGGACCAAGCAGUCCUCCCUUCCCCAGACGAGGGGUCGCGCCUCAUACAACCAACGCGUCGCUUACGGGUUUGGCGUGGAGAAUCAAGCGCCGAACAACAGGAACGACUUACGGAACACAUGCCACGGGCGCAGCCACGGCCUGGACGAGCCGAAGAACGCGAAGCCGUGCGUGAUGCAGGAGACGACGACAACGGAAAGACUGUUGUCCCUGCCGCCGAAGAUCAGCCUGAUAGCGACGUAGAUACCAAUGCCGGCGAGGAAUGGUGGGAGAACGAGCAACGGGAUAGAUGUAACGUCAUGCCCCGUCUACCUUAUGGGUGGUCGCGUGCAAGGAUCGUUACUGGAGAGUGA